AUGAAUGCCGCACAGAGAGCGGCUCUGCUCAAUCCUAAGGCAGCUCGUAAAGCAGCAGCAGCAGCAGCCAGCAAAAAGAGAGACCAGGACGAUCUCACCAAGGAAGCACACGAUGAGCCGGCUACUGGCGUCGCCUCCUUCAUGGAACGGCAAUACAAUCUCGCAGAUCGUGAGGCUCCAGCUGCGAAGAAACAGAAGAUUGACGAUAACAACGAUGCCACGAAGCACAAGGCAACUUUCAAAGGUGGCAAAGGCGGUGUGAUUGGUGAUUAUCUCAAGGACCAGCGUGAUCAAGGUGCUCGCGAGGCCGGACCCGCGGCUAUCGAUCUCACUGCAGAGGACGACGAAAUCGAAGUGGUGUCAGUGAAGUCGACUGGUCAAGAUCCCAAGCGUGAGGUCUGUCUUGGUUCCAUCACCGCAAAGGUCAUGGCACACAAGGUACCCGCCGCCAACAGAAAUCUGAGCAAGCACUCCGCGAACUGGCCGCCAGCCAAGAUGCAACUACAACCUAGAGUGGGCCAGGAAAAGGUAUACAUCGCGAAUGAUGGCAAGGGUAUGGAGUUCGGCAAGCUGGACCUCAUCACUGCCCAAGCCCUUGCUCCUCUUUUCAAGAAUUCUCUCGCCAAGUUGCGCCUCGCAUCUCUUCUCAAAGAGCGCCCCAAGGAGCCGGACGAACAACCUGGACAGCCCAUCUCAAAAUCUCUGGACAUUUCCAUCACCCUGUACAGCACUGCCGAAUCUGCCAAAGGUAUUGGAAGACACCUUAGUCAGCGCCAGAUCUUCUUGUACAAGCCUACAGUCAUUUCACAUGGCACUGAAGUCCUCAACCCGCAUGUUCCCAACUACAACGUCGUUCCAAAGAGCAGUACCUCCGCAAUCGUAACAGCACAAUCAACCACUGGCUACCGAGUUCGCACCACUGAGGAGAUCAAGAGCGAUGUGCUUUCCAUGUUCGACAGACUCGGAAAGACAGAGGAGCUCCCCGAGGCUGAGGCCGAUCCAACACUUGUCAAGACAGAGCUUAUGCAGCAUCAGAAGCAAGCCCUCUGGUUCUUGACCAAGCAUGAAACACUCACACCACCUGAAGAGGACCCACUCUGGAAGUUCUCAAUCCGUAAGGAUGGCAGCAGAGCUUGGUACAACGUGAUUACCGGCGAUGAGAUGAAGAAAAUCAGCCCUAUCUUGGGUGGUCUUCUAGCUGACCAAAUGGGUUUGGGCAAGACGCUCAGCAUUCUCUCCUUGAUCUGUGCAACGCUCGAAGAGGCAAGAGCUUUUGGUGCUGGCAAGAUGGAAGAUAGCGACCGAGUCAACGAGGACGUUGUGCGUCGUUCUGGUGGCACUCUGCUUCUCUGCCCUAAACCAGUCAUCUCGAACUGGCAAGAGCAGAUCGGCCAGCAUCUGGACAAGCGAAAGGUCAAAUACUACAUGUACCACGGCAACAAGAGAGAGCAAGAUCUGGAUAUCCUGGCACAGUACGACAUCGUUGUCACAUCUUACAGCAUUGCUUCUAGCGAGUUCAGCUCUUCCUCAAAGAACUACAGCGCGCUCGGAGAGAUUGCAUGGUUCCGUAUCGUCCUAGAUGAAGCUCAUCAAAUCCGAACUCAAACCACCACUACCUUCAAGGCUGCUUGUGCUCUGGUCAGCAAGCGCCGCUGNGCAGUCACCGGCACUCCCGUGCAGAACAAACUCGAUGACUUCGGUGCUCUCGUCAAAUUCUUGAAGAUCUACCCUUUCUCCGAUAAAGGUGUCUUCGAAAAGCAUUUCAUGGCUCCUUUCAAAUCAGGCGAUCCUCAAGUGCUCGAUAACCUUCGCCUUCUCGUGUCCAGCAUUACACUCAGACGUUCGAAGGACAGAAUCGACUUGCCUGAUCGCCUGGAGGAGAUCGUUCGUCUUCCAUUCUCAUCUGAAGAACAGGCUCUUUAUGAUGCAUUCGCCAAGGACGCCAACAGAAAGGUGCGCGCCAUGACACGCGGCAGCGACCGUCUGAGAGGCAGGAGUUACGCUCAUGUGUUGGUCAACAUCACCAGACUCAGACUGCUUUGUGCCCAUGGAAGAGAGCUGCUUAGCGAGNNGGAUGACAUGAAGGUGCUUCAAGGCACCUCUUAUGAGACCGCGAUUGAUCUCGGCGAAGAAGAGGACGCUGAGAAAGCCACCAUGACAAAAGACCAGGUUUACGACACCUUCCAUCUCUUGCGCGAGAGCACUAUGGAUGUGUGCUCGUGCUGCAUGAAUGGCAUUGGCCAGCUUGAACCUCCCGCUGGUGAUGACAGCGACACCUCGGACAGCGAAGAUGAAAACGAAGAAGACAUCAUCGGAUACCUUACCCCUUGUCUGCACUUGGUCUGCCCAGCUUGCGCCGACAGAUACUGGAACGAUCUCACGACCACUCAGACUCGUGACAACUACGCCACUUGUCCACAAUGCGAGCAGUACGUCAGGGCCGUCAUGCACCCUAUCAGCCAGAAGGAUGUCGACGACGACCUCGCAGCCCGUCAAAAGAAGAAGGGACAAAUCAAGAGCAAGAAGGGCGUUGAGUACGGUGGCCCUCACACCAAAGUCAAGGCCCUCAUCGAGGACCUCCAGCGCCACACCGCACAGUCGAAGGAACUGAUCGAGAUUGGCGAACCACCCAUCCGCAGCGUCGUCUUCUCUGGCUGGACGGCCUAUCUCGACUUGAUCGAGAUCGCUCUCAAGAACAACAACAUCGGUUUCCUACGUCUCGACGGCAAACUCUCUGUCAGCGCUCGCACCGCCGUCCUCGACCGCUUCAAGACCGAUCCAUCGAUCUCCGUCUGCCUCGUCUCCAUCAAAGCCGGCGGCCAAGGUCUCAACUUCACAGCCGCCAACAACGUCUUCAUGAUGGAGCCUCAGUUCAACCCUGGCGUUGAGAUGCAAGCCAUCGACCGCGUACACCGCUUGGGCCAAAAGCGCAACGUGGUCAUCAGACGCUUCAUCAUGGCCAACAGCUUCGAAGAAAAGAUUGUCGAGUUGCAGAAGAAGAAGAUUGAGCUUGCUAACUUGGCUACUGGACAAGGCAAAGUGGUCAAGCAGGACGCAAAGGAGAUUUUCCAGAACUUGAUGAGUUUGUUCUGA